GGCAACCCAUUCCAGUGUUAUUGCCUGGAGAAUCCCAGGGACGGGGGAGCCUGGUGGGCUGCCGUCUAUGGGGUCCCACAGAGUCGGACACGACUGAAGUGACUUAGCAGCAGCAGCAUUGUGUGGCUGGUGGUGUCCUGGGAGGGUAUACACAAAAUACUAACAGUGGUUAACUGUGGGGAGUUGGGAUACUUUUCAUUUCAGUCUCUGUGCAACAUGAGGGUGUGUUUUGUUUUUGUUUUGGGACUUUUUAAUAUAUUUUGAUAUAUUGAUACAUUAUUAGCAGGCUUAACUAAGUUAUAUAUGCAGUUAUAUGCAACUUGAGUUUUAGUUGUGUGUAUUUGAAUCUGUAUAUUUAAAUUUUUUAAAUGUGUGCUGCUUGCUUUACUGCAAUGUUUAUUCAUCUGUCUCCCCAGCAGCCUGUGAGGACUCUAAAGACAGAAACUCAGUUUUGUCUUCAUCAUCUAUUUGGUUUUUAAUCGAAAUAAUUGCAAAAAUGAGGGGUAGUUUGGGGAUAUCCGGAUGGUCUAUCGGAGACUAUGCUACUGAGCCGGUUGGGCUGUGGCAGCUGGAGUCCUCCAGGCGCACCAGAGAGAUGUGCGGCCGCAUUCCUAGAGAGAGACACAGAGCCGGCUCCGCCGCAGCCCGGAGUCCUGACGGCAGGAAGUGGGGGCACGCCCACCAGGCAAGGUAGCUGAAUUCUCUGGACUGGAGAGCUGCGCCUCCGAUCUCCGAUGGGAUUUUUCACUGGGUCAGCUACGUCUUUGUUGUGCUUCAUCCUUGAACUUUUGGUCUGUUAGCAGUUAAGACACUCAUUCACCGAGUGCCCCCUGUAUUCCAAGUGCUGGGGUGCGAUCGCAGUAAGAUACAUUCUGGGCCCGCGGGACGUCCUGGCAUCCCAGUACGUCUCCGUGCAUUCAGCAGGACAUCCACCAGUAUUUGCUGAAUACCAGGUACGCCGGCAAAGAUAAGACCCUGUCCUCAAGGAGCAAGGGGCGAUGGUCGUGAUGGGGGCUGUGACCUGUGAGUUGGAGAAUGAAGCGAGUUGGUGAGGCAGGCUUGGGCUCACUUUUCCAUGGGAAUGCCCUCCGCCUGAGUGGCUCAGAGGACAAGAUUGUCUGUACGUUAGAUUUGGGGGUGGCAUUUGCGCUGGGCCUUGGGGAUUUACGGUAAGAAGACUAAUCGUGGCCAUAAAGUACAAGGUGGGUGGAACAAAUACGAGUAUUAGCUGGCAGUGACACGAGGCGUUUGAGAAGACGAUGGCUUUCUUGCAAGUAGGGUCUGUGUCUUUUAUUCCGGGGAUAGCUCCUGGAAAAUAAUGAUGUGCUCGAUAAAUGUUUAUCGAGUGGCAAACACGUAAGUGAAACUCAGUUCUAAGAUCGAAUCCUGGGGAAUUUGAAUUUAGUUCAACCAGGAGCAAUUGAAAUUAGCAUUUGGGGGUGGGGGAGUUGUCAGAUAUGGUCGGAAUUGUGCUUUAAGAAAUACCAGUCCAGUGAUGAUGAAGUAGUGGAGCAGGAAUACCACACAGAAAAUAUUGUGAUAAUAGUGACUGUCAAUCAUAAUGGUGUAAAAAGGAAGAUGAAGGAGUGGGUGCAAGAGGCCUUUUGGAGGAAGAACUGACUGGACCCAGGGUGAUUAUGUACACUAUAUGUAGGCUGGCUUUGAGCCUGAAUACAUGGAGGAUGGUGGUGAUGCCAAUAGAAAUAGAAAAAUACAGAGUGAGUGCAGCUUUGAGGAGGCUAAUUUCAGUUGGGGAUGUGUUGAAAUGACAGAGAAGGAAGGUCCAAGGCUGGAGGCAUCCUGUGGCUUUUCAAGAUGUGAGUCUGGAAUGUGAAAGGCAAGUCAGAACCAGAUAGAUAAGAGUGUUCUUAGAACAGAGAUAUAUUGAAUUUUGAUGAAGAUAACAAAAGGAAAAAUGAGAGGGAGAAACAGAAGUUGAAAUAUUUCUGCUGUUUAUCUAUUGUUACAUAAAAAAAUAAUGCCCCAAACUUAGUGGCGUAAGACAACUUCAGCUUAUUAUUUCUUAUGAUUCUGUAGGUUGACUGGGCAGUAUUACCGGACUUACUCAUGUGUCUGGGGACUAGGCUCAGCUCCGCUUCAGCUGGGGCUCUGUGGUUCUCAUCCACAUGACCUCUGCAUGGCUAGCUUGGGCCUUCUCAUGGCAAGGCAGUCUCAUGGCUGUGUGCCAGGCACUACAAGAGCACUUCCUCUUACAGUGUCAUAUCUGCCAUAUUUUAUUGGUCAGAGCAAGUCACAGACCAGCGCAGAUUCAAGGGAAGGAAAAAGACUCCACCCCAUAAUGGGAAAAGUAACAAAAUCUCAUCACAACAGAUCUUAGGCGAUGGAGACUUGGAGACUUUUGAAAGUCUGCUUCACCUAAGCUUUUAAGAUCAACAUGGAUGAAGUUUUGCAGGAUUCCACUCCUGAAAAUGGAGACAGCCUUGUGAAAGUGAAGGAGGAAGAUCCCACAUGGGAACAGACAUGCAGCUCACAGGAGAGUGUCUCCCACACUCGGGAGCUUUGCCGCCUGCGCUUCCGGCACUUCUGCUACCAGGAGGUACCUGGGCCCCGGGAGGCUCUGGCCCAGCUCCGAGAACUUUGCCAUCAGUGGUUGAGCCCAGAGACCCACAGCAAGGAGCGGAUCCUGGAGCUGCUGGUGCUGGAGCAGUUCCUGACCAUCCUACCCGAGGAGCUCCAGGCCAGGGUGCAGGCGUGUUCUUUGGAGAGUGGGGAGGAUGCAGUGAUAGCGCUGGAGAGUCUAGAGAGAGACACAGGAGACUCAGGAGAACAGGCUUCUGUCUACACUCUAGGACAGGACCUGUGCCUCCUGGUGACAGAAUAUCGAGGAACCUCUUUGGAGUGUCAGAGCCCCCAGCUCCUGUUGGGGGCAACCACCCUGAAGAGUGAGUCUCCAGAGUCCCCCCAGGAGACUUCCCAAGAAGUGAGUGGACUCUUGUCUGCUCCGUCCACAAGGCCUGCUCCCCAGAGACCAGACCUUCUCCAGGAAGAGAAUCCCAGAGACCAGGCUGCAGUACUGGGGUUGAACUCAGCCAGGUCCCAGACAUCAGUGAAGACUGAGGAAGCAGCACCGGUCCUUGUCUCAGAGGAGUGGCCAGUUCCGGGUCUGGCUCGGGAGGAGGCUACAAACGUCAGUCUCAUGGCUGAAGAAGUUGUAACUAAAGACGGAUUUUUUAACACAAAGCAAGAAACUUCUGAAGAAAUGGAACGAGGUGCUGAGGCCUCAGGAAUAGCCAGCAGAGACUGUGUACCCCAGACCCCUUGUGGUACCCCUGUUCCUGCUGAAAGGACACUUGUGCAUUUGAAUACUCUCAAGGACCGUCAUCCGGGGGACUUGUGGGCUCGGAUGCACAUCUCCUCCCUGGAAUAUGCUGCAGGAGACAUCACCCGGAAAGGGAAGAAGAAAGACAAAGCUCGAGUGAGUGAACUGCUCCAAGGCCUUGCAUUUUCUGGUGAUUCAGAUGUGGAAGAGGAUAACGGGCCUGAGACCCAGCCUGCUCCAAAAAGGCCAAAAGGGUCAGGUGUCCCAGAGAAGAACUGGACCAAAAGAGAUAUUAAACCCAACUUUCCAUGCUGGUCAGCACUGGAUUCUGGACUUUUGAAUCUUAAGAGUGAAAAGUUGAACCCAGUAGAGUUCUUUGAGUUAUUUUUUGAUGAUGAAACAUUCAACCUGAUUGUCAGUGAAACCAAUAAUUAUGCUUCUCAGAAAAAUGUCAACUUGGAAGUCACAGUUCAGGAAGUGAGGUGUGUGUUUGGUGUCCUGCUUUUGAGUGGACUCGUGCGGCGUCCCAGAAGGGGAAUGUACUGGGAAGCGUCUGAUGCUGACCAGAGCCUGGUUAGAGAUGCAAUCAGAAGGGAUAGAUUUGAAUUGAUUUUCUCAUACCUGCAUUUUGCAGAUAAUAGCCAUCUAGAUCAGAAUGAUAAGUUCACAAAAUUGAGGCCUCUCAUAAAGCAAAUGAAUAAAAAUUUUCUCCUAUAUGCUCCCCUCGAAGAAUACUACUGUUUUGAUAAGACAAUGUGUGAGUGCUUUGAUAGUGACCAAUUUCUGAAUGGUAAAUCUAUUAGAAUUGGCUAUAAAAUCUGGUGUGGUGCUACCACAGAGGGUUAUCUGGUUUGGUUUGAGCCUCAUCAAGAAGAAACAACUCUGAUGGCAGGUAAGGAUCCUGAUCUUGGUUUCGGUGGAAACCUCGUGAUGAAUUUUGCUGAUGUUCUUUUAGCAAGGGGUCAGUAUCCAUAUCACCUGUGCUUCGAUGGCUUCUUUACCAGUGUCACAUUGGUGUCAGCCUUGAAGAAGAAAGGGGUGAGGGCCACAGGGACAAUUCGUGAGAGCAGGACUGAAAAAUGCCCCCUUAUGAGUGCAGAACAUAUGAAAACAAUGAAGAAGGGGUACUGUGAUUUCCGAGUAGAAGAAAAUGAUGAGAUAAUUUUGUGUCGUUGGCACGGUGAUGGUAUUAUCAGUCUGUGUUCCAAUGCUGUUGGCAUAGAGCCAGUCGAUGAGAUACACUGUUUUGCCAGUGACAAGGAGAUCCCUCAGAUAAGUCAACCAUCCAUAGUGAAACUGUAUGAUGAAUGCAGGGAAGGUGUAGCUAAAAUGGAGCAGAUCACUUCCAAAUACAGGGUGAAAAUAAGAAGCAAGAAAUGGUACUCAGUUCUGGUGAGCUAUAUGAUUGACAUAGCCAUGAGCAAUGCAUGGCAGCUACACAGAGCCUGUAACCCAGGCGCCUCUCUAGACCUCGGGGAUUUUCGGAGAUACGUUGCACAUUUCUACUUGGAGCAUAAUGCGAAUAUGUCAGAUGAAGGCAGGUGAAACAGACACAAUGAAGACAUUAAUAAAACACAGAAAAGUCACAACUAUACAGCAGAUUGUACCCAAAGCAAACAAUGAUGUAUGUAUACAAUUAAAUAAUGUAUACAAUUCAAUAACUAAUAUUUCUGUUAAAAAUGUAGAGUUUCAAAAACUUAUAACAAAUGAUCUGUAAAAAUGUUGAAAUCCGUUGGUACCUUGUGUAUGUCUAAUUUUGAUAUAAACAUAUGGGAAACCCUUUA